UUGUAUUAUGGGCCGCUUGACACUUGCGAAGGAAUGAAGUUUGAACGGGGGACAAAAAAACAACCAGGAAGUUAAACAGAGGAAGAAACGCUGUGGUAGAGCAUCAAACGCAAAUCUAAGAGGGUUCAUAAAGGUUUUCAAAUAACAGCGUUACCUUAAAACAAAGUUGAUUCAUCGGAUUGUGGUCAAAGGGACUAGUUUGCAACAAGAUGGACAUCGAUCCGGAGCGAGGAGGAGCGGCGGCAGCGGAGCCACAGGACAAGGUGAAGACCUUGAGGGAUCAAGUAGAUGGAGUGAAAGACAUCAUGACGCAGAAUGUAGACCGGAUCCUGGCUCGAGGAGAGAGACUCGAUGACCUUAUGGGCAAGUCAGAGGACCUGCAAGCAGGGGCUCAGCACUUCAAGCAGACGUCUCACAAAGUGGCUCGCACCUACUGGUGGAAGAACGUCAAGAUGGUGGUGGUCAUCGUGGUGGUCGUCCUCAUCAUCGUGCUCAUCAUCAUCCUGCUGGCCACCGGAGUCAUCCCUGUCAGUGCCUCUGCGCCUCCUGUAAUUACUCCCACCACCAAGCCAUAAGAGAGAGAGAGAGACACACACACACACACACACACACACAAUGUAUAUACAAUCAUAAACAAACCCAUUCUUAUUGCACAUUAUACAAAGUAAUAUAUAGACUAAAGCAAAUAACCUUUAUUACUUCUAAGUUAGUUUCCACUGCUUAACGUCAUGCUUUUAUUAGAAUUCAACGACUUUGUGCCUUGGUUUAAGGAACGUGAGCCUUUGAGACCCUUAAACACAAUUUAAGCUUAGCCAUUUUCAAAAUUUGUGAGAAAUUAAACAAAAGUGUCUGGGAGGUCUAAGUCCGUCCCUGUUCUCAGAGGAUGCUUCAUAUCACCACGUCAGUUCCUCUUUGUGGAUUACCACCAAAGGCUUUUCCAACCUGGCAAAGAGGAAGUCCCUUUUAAUUUGCGUAUAUGAAAGUAAUGAAUGUGGAUUUCUCCAGUCUCUUAACUUGACAUUAUGUUUGUCUUGAAUGUUCUCACUUAAGUGCACCUUUUACAGAAGGCAGGUUGGCUAGUUUAAAAGCUGAAAAAAGGCAGUUUCUAAAAGAAAUAGUGUUUUUGCCAUCAUUGGACAAACGCACCACACACAAAUCUGUAACAAUUUUAGGUCACACUUUAUGUAAUGAAAUUCUGAAUUGUGUAUUGGAUAUGUAUGUUACUAUUUGUGGGCUUAUUUUUUUUCAAAGUGCUUCCCAGUUUCUUUGUAGUUCGACAAUCUGGAAUAAGCAAUCAUCCAUAGAAAUUCCUUUUUUUAAAUUUGUCAGUUUAUUGAAUGUAUACACUUAGCACUGCUGUAGUUCUUUCAAAUGUACUGUAAUUAGCUCCUUGUUGGUGUCGAUGCUCAUGUUUGAGUAGAGAAUAGCACACAGUCAAAGAUUAGGAAACAACUAGUCUCGCUUUGCCAGACCUUCCCCUACAGCGCUGCGGAGGAGGGUCUGGCUAGUCCACACAGCAUUCUGGGA